AUGGACCGCCUCCGCCCCAAUCGCCCCAAUCGCCCCCCUACUGGAUCAUAUCCCCCCGUGAUCGGUGACGGACCCGGCCCAGUUGGGCAAACUUGGAUGCGGCUUUGGUCCGUUCGUUUGUUCUUCUGCGGCUUCUGGGUUUUUGCGGCGCUGUGGGUGGUGUUCGUCGGCUCUGUGAAGCAGAUGAGGUUGCUGGGCGCAGCAAUCUCAUCUCGGAUCAGGCUGAUGGAUGCCAACCCUGCAGCAGCAGGCGGAGUGGACGAGCUGCGUCGGCAGCUCAGAUACUUCGUUGCCGCUGGUCUCAUCACGUCUGCCUUUUGCGCCAUCAUCAUGGCAGGAGUGCUGCCGGAAGAACGCAGCGUGAUAUCUUAUCACGUUGUCGUGGGCCUGGCAGCUUACUGCUUGCUUUCGACGAUGGUCGGCGGUUUUGCGAUUAUCUCUCCGAGACUUGGCUUUGAGGUUACUCGUUAG